GAUGCCAGCUUUGUGCUCUCUGCUCUUGUGGCAGCUGUGGAGGAGGGGAACUUGCCUGGGCUGGAAGAGCUGUUCAACAUGGCGCAAAACAUAGAUGUCAACAUGGCCAACAAGCAUGGUGAAAGUGCAAUCCAUCUAGCAUGUGGCCUGGGGCAAUUAGAAGCAGUGCAGUUCCUUGUCAAGAAAGGUGGUGAUUUGAAUGCCACUGAUGCCCAAGGUGACACUCCUCUACACUGGGCUGCUCGACAAGGCCACGCACAAGUCAUUGCAUAUCUCAUUGAACAAGGAUCACAAAUAAAUGCACAAAACAAAAACGGAGAGUCGUGCCUUCAUGUGGCAUGCCGUUAUGGUCACACAGUUGUUGUUCAAAACCUGUGCCUUUGUAAUAUGAAUAUUGAUUUACAGGAUGAACAUGGGGAGACAGCGCUGCACAUCGCAGUUUGGCACGGCUUCCCACGCAUUGUCCACCAUCUGUGCUCAGCAGCAGCAAAUACGGAACUCACAGAUAAGGAAAACCAGACACCCCUUCAUGUGGCAAGUGGGCGAGGUCAUGUGGAAUGUGGC